AACUUGAUAACGCUGCCGUAUGCGAUACAAGUGAAAGACCAAAGUUCCUUCCAACCUAAUCGAAUGAAACGAAAAGGAAUAGACUUUUCCAAUGUAAAACUUAUAAAACACUUGAGAAUACUUGAGGAAUGCUCCGAUCUGGAGUCCAGAGCUUCCCAAAAUUCUUGGGACUGACAAAGAGAUAAACCUGCAGAUCACCAAGGAGAAAGAGAGACGUAGAUUGAACAUAGUGAAAUAGUUUUUCGGGCCAUAAGGCUGCAAUGUCUUGUGGCACAUAAUGAAAUGGGCAGAGAUCAAGCGAACUCCCGCUGAACGAUAUUAGCGAUUUAGAGUGAAUUUACUUGAAGCUGUUUUCUAUGAGAUCUCGACAGGACCUCUUGGUUGAAAAAUAAUAUAUUUUUCUUUGAUAUCUAAGAGAAGCGAUACUUUCAAUAGAUCACCUGACGAAUGAAUUGUCGUUUGACUCGAGUAUCACUUGUUAUUUUAAUUCUUUAUUGUCUGAUUAUCUUUUGUGGAACAGCUGUUGACGCUAAUGUAUCAUGGAUCGAUAUUAUGAAUUGGAUGUAACGUGUAUUCAAAUUUUAACAGAAGGGGAGCGACUUUUGCCAAUAUAUUUUGUAUAGAGAUGUAUUGGCUGUUUACGUGAUCUUUGAUUGAUGAUGAUUACUUAAUUUUCUAUUAGGGGUUAACCUGAGUGAUGAACUCUUACUUACAAAGCAGAGUAUCAGGUUAUCCAAUUGGGAAAAAAUGUUAAAAUUUAUCUAUCGGUCUAAUGGCACUAAUAAUUUAAUAUUCGGUACAUAAAAAUUAUUCAUAUAUUGAAUACCUGUACGUGGAAUUCAAGUAAAUUAAUACAGUUAACUUCUUAUAUACCUUUCAUUGUAAGUGAAAAACAAAAAGAAUUUCAUAUCGUAUAAAAUGAUUGUUACUGCAUUGCUGCUAUUGUUAGCAGUUGCGAUAUCGAAAAAUUAACAGAUACUGAGUGCACAGUGUAAUUCAGAUGGUCGGUACCGUAUAACGAUUUUGAUUUAUUGGAAUUAUAAUUAAAAGCUAGUUAGAGCUUGAUUGAUCCAGUCAAUCGACAGUGAUCAUCAUCAAAGAAACUGAAAUUGGAUGCGAAUUUGUAUAUUGGAUACAAGAUAUCUUUGUUGACCGACGUGGCGCUAUCGUGUUCCAAAAUUAAAAAGAUUCCAGGAUAAUGUAUUAGGCAAUAUUGCACAUAGUCGAAUAGGUUGAUCUUCCUUAAAAAUAGUCUGGUCUUAUUGUGACUGAAAACUAUGAAAGAUAGGUAAUUUUUGAAAGUUAUCGUAUAGGCUUGAAUGAUUAUGAGAAUGGAGCGACGAAAAAAUGUUUUGACAAAUUUCAAGACAUUAUGCCAUAUCUCUAGCAGUUUCGUCAGUAAGUUUCACAACAACAUUUUUUUUAAGAUCCAAGGGGUUAAAAGUCUCAAAUAUUGCGAAAUACGUUACAGUUCAAUUGGCAGGGUUGUUGAUUGGCUGACUACGUCCAGGCUUGCACAGGGGCUUGCAAAUUAUUGGUCACUGAAACUCCCACCAUAAGAAAACCGGCUGACUCAACUAUUCGCGUUACGUCGUCAUGCAGUUCAUUGGCCCACGUGACCAAAUUUGCUUAUGUGGUUGGGACUCGAUUUUUUAAUUUAAGAAUUGCUAUAAAAUCCCGGCUUCGCACAGUGACAGCAUAAGCUUACUCAGCUCCAAGCAGUAAACUACAUCAAUCCAUUCAACAUGUUCAAGUUGGCUGUUCUCGCCGCCAUUCUGGCCGUCGCUGUUGCUGCUCCUGGAGGUCUGACCGGUAUACCGAUUAGCCAUGGAUAUGGACCAGUCCACGCUCCUAACGUAAUCAGUGUUGCACCCGCACAUGUUGCCACACAUGUCGUAGCUCAACCCGUUGCCCCUGUCGUCCACGUUGCUCCCAUCAUUACCAGAACCGUGCUGAACGGUCAUGGUCAUGGUCUUCUUGGACUUCAUUAGGCAGUCUCGUAUGGAUGAAAAAAAACUUGAGACCCCCCUUUCCCAGGACUGCGCAACAACCUGUCUUCCACAAAGACAGACCAAAAAAAAAGUUUAACAUCAUUUCUCGUUAGAGAGACAUCAUCAUGCGGCCAUACGAACUCUCGUCUUUUAUUUCUACUUUUGUAUGUCAUCACAAAAUUGUCCCAUUAUUGAAUCAUCACCCGAUCAUCAUUCUUCCCUGUAGCCCCCUUCAAUUACGCGGAAUUUUAAUAAAAUUUUUAUUGUAAUUCGAGAA